AUGUCAUUUUCAUUUGAAGUUAAUCCUCGUCUUUUAACCAAUAUUCAUCAAGAAUCGAAAGACAUUCUUGAACCAAUUUGUGGUUAUGAACAAGAACCACUUGUAUCUCUUGAAGAAGCUUGUCAAUCACUUGAAAAUAUUCUUGGUACAGAACUUAAAUCAUACAUAACUGUUGCAAAAUUAAAUUCAAAAGAACCCAAACAUGGACUUACUCAAGAUGAAUCAGCAUCAAUUUAUUUGUAUACAAUGGAAUGGAAUGAAAGAGAAAAUAGUCUUUAUGUUCUUCUCAAUGAAGCACUUUGUGCAACUGAUAGAAGUCAACUUCAAUUAUGGUCGAAAUAUUUAAAAUUAUUCUCUACGGCAAUCUUCAAAUUACCAUCUACUGAAUAUCAUACUGUUUGGCGUGGAAUUGCUGCAGAUUAUAGUGAACUUUAUCAAGAAGGAGAUGAAUUAACAUGGUGGUCUUUGAGUUCUGCAACAUCUUUAUUUCCUGUUCUUCAAUCUCCAAUGUAUUUAGGCCGAGAAAAAGCACAAACAAUAUUUGCAAUUGAAACGAAAAAUGGAAAACUUAUUCGAGAACAUUCACAUUUGAAAAACGAUGAUGAAAUUCUUCUUUUACCCGGAAUACUUCUCAAAGUCACUGGAUCAUGCAAACCAACUGGUGAUAUUCAGAUUAUUUAUUUACGCGAAAUUGAACCACCUAGUACACGAUUAGCCAAACCAUUUCAUAUUCAACAAAUGAACAUUUCAGUUCAACUAGAUCAAUAUCGAAAUCCAAAACUCGAAAAAAUGAUUCAGUCAUCAGAAGUAUGUGGUAAAUUAUCUUUGGAUUCAAUGCAUUUAAACGAUCAAGACAUGACAAUUGUUGUCAAAUUAGGUAUUUAUGAGAAAAAAUGUAUGAUACUCAGUCUAGAUCAUAAUGAAAUUACAUCUAUCGGUGCUUCGACCUUGGCUCAAUCAUUUAGCGGUAGUAAAUAUUUGAAAUCCCUGAUUCUUGAUAACAAUCGAAUUAUGGAUGAAGGUGUAAAAUCUAUCGCUAAAGCAUUUGCAAAUGAAAAUAUUGGUCUUAGAACUCUCCAUUUGAACUCAACUGGAACGACGGAUGCCGGUUGUGAUUAUCUUGCUGAAAUGAUUAGAAUAAAUCCUUGGAUAAUCUAUCUUUAUCUUGAUAAUAAUGAAAUAACUGAUCGAGGGGUUCGAGUAUUGUGCGAAGCAAUUGGAUCGAAAAACUAUUAUUUUAUAAGGCUAACUUUAUCUGGCAACAAGCUAUUAACAGAUGCAAGUGUAGACGCUCUCUGUCAUGCAAUGUUAUAA